GCGGUCCGACGAGCAGCCGCCGCCCUUCCGCAGGAUGCCUCACUCCGUCCUUAGCAUCCCAUCUCCGCCGUUUACCCCUUCAGGUGAUUUUGAUAGAGAGUCUAAUUUAUGUUUGGAGCGGUUCUCCCGGACAAGGCGUGCAUCUGUCAUUCCUACUGGUUCUCUUAAGCUUGACCUCGCUCUUGGCAUUGGAGGAUUACCAAAGGGUAAAAUGGUUGAAAUAUUUGGGAAAGAGUCAUCUGGGAAGACAACACUUGCACUUCAUGUUGUCAAGGAAGCCCAAAAGAGUGGAGGUUAUUGCACCUAUAUUGAUGCAGAAAAUGCUUUCGACCCUUCAUCUGCGGAAGCCAUCGGCGUGGACACUGAAAAACUCCUAAUAGCUCAACCUGAUUCUGCUGAAAACUCUUUAAGCAUAGUGAACACUCUUGUUGGUGGAUCUAUUGAUGUUGUUGUUGUGGAUAGCGUAGCAGGACUUAUUCCCAAAUGUGAGCUUGAAGGCGAAAUGCACACGAACUAUGGAGAAACGCAAUCCCGUUUAAUGACUCGAGCACUUCGAAUUCAAUACACAUUAAGUCGGUCAGAAACACUUAUUAUUUUUGUGAAUCAGGUCAGAACAAGGCGGAGCUCAAAAGAAUUUUCUGGGCUUUACAAGGAGGUGGCCUGUGGUGGCAACGCAUUAGGGUUCUAUGCAGCAAUCAGAGUGAGGACUUCGAGAAAGGAACUGCGCUACACUGAUGACCAGGCUACCGGCAUUGGCAUAUCAGUGCAAAUCAUCAAGAACAAAUUAGCUCCAGCAGUUCUGAAGGAAGCUGGCAUCGACAUUACGUUUGGGAAGGGAAUCGCCUACGAAUCGGAGAUUCUGGAAAUGGCUUCUUCUCAUGGAGUUAUUGUGAAGGAAGGGUGUGGGUAUUGGAUCAAUGGUGAGUUCCUGACAGACAAGGCAGCAGCUGAGAAAUACCUACUUGAAAAUGUUGCUGUGGCAGAUGACAUCUGCAGUACCAUGAGAAGCCAAUUAUUUGAAAGAUGACAAACGAAGGCCAUUGGAAAAUUGGUUCUCUAUAAAAUUCUCAUCACCAAAUCGACAAAAAGUAAAUAUUGAAAUUUGGAGAGAAACUGUGUGUACAGUUAGGGCACCAUUUAAGUAGCUAAUUUGUCAUUUAUGUGGUCUGGUGCCGAUAAGGGGUUGGUGGUCAGUCAGGGUUGAUUGCCAUCAUCAGGCAGAGAUAUAUAUUGUGAUGCCAGAAGGUGUGAAUUUCUGCCCUCUGGAUGUAUACUCUAGCUUCAGUAGUUGUUGUAUCAAAUGUACUUAUGUAUUUCUUGUGUAACU